AUGGUGGAGGGGAAACUCUCAGCUCCUGAGCCCCAACAGAAAGACGAGACAGGUACAUAUCUCUCCCUCCUUCAUCUCUCCUUCAUCCCCAAAUCAACCACCACCUGCUGCUUACCCCCCCAGGCCUAGUGUCCCUUUUCAUCCUGCAAAUACUUCUCCUGUUUAGCAGUCACUCCUGUUUAGUAGUCACUCCUGUUUAGCAGUCACCAAUUUCAUGUUGGCCUGAAUGACUCCUCUCCACCUCCUCCUCCAACUCCUCCACCUCCUCUCCACCUCCUCCUCCAACUCCUCCACCUCCUCUCCACCUCCUCCUCCACCUCCUCCACCUCCUCUCCACCUCCUCCUCCAACUCCUCCACCUCCUCUUCACCUCCUCCUCCAACUCCUCCACCUCCUUUUCACAAGAAAAAAACCCCCUUUUUCCCUCCUGUUUUGUCCUUCCUGUAGUCCUUCUAGCCCUCCGCUACACGCCUCUCCUCUUGGGGAGGGAUGGAGGGAGGGAGGAGGGGAGAGAUGAGAGAGAGAGAGAGAGAGAGAGAGAGAGAGAGAGAAGAGAGAGAGAUAGCGAGAGAGGAUAGAUCGUAGAUUAGAUAUCGAUACGACGAUCGCGGAUCGAUAUCUAGCAUCUCGCGAGCCUAGCUCGAGCUCUCUAUCUUCGUCUCUCGCCUAAUCUCGUAUAUAUCUGCAAGAUCUUAGAGAGAUCAAUCAAUUGGGUCUAUUGAUGUGUUUCAGAGUAGUUUUAGCUCACCCUGUGAUGGAUAGGCUAGUCUAGUCCCCUGAUCUCCGCUCUCUCUGAAGGUUUAGGCUACGGCCCAAAUGGCACCCUAUUCUCUAUGUAGUGCACUACUUUAGACCAGAGGCAGAGCCCUAGUAGGCAAUAGGGUUUCAUUUGGGACGCAUCCCUAGAGACAGAUAGCUAGAGUCAGAUAGCCUCAUGCUCUAUCAGUCAUGUUCUAAUGUAGAGGCUGUUCUGAUCUGAUCUCAGUGUAGGGGAGGACACAGAUGGCUUGACAGGUUUAUAAAGGUUUACAUAGAUUUAUAUCUCACUGUUUGGAACUGUUCUAAAAGUGUGUAUCUCCUGUCUCAAGGUUGUGUGUGAGCAUGCAGGUUGUGUGUGAGCAUGCAGGUUGUGUGUUAGCAUGCAGGUUGUGUGUGAGCAUACAGGUUGUGUGUGAGCAUGCAGGUUGUGUGUGAGCAUGCAGGUUGUGUGUGAGCAUGCAGGUUGUGUGAGCAUGCAGGUUGUGUGUGAGCAUGCAGGUUGUGUGAGCAUGCAGGUUGUGUGUGAGCAUGCAGGUUGUGUGUGAGCAUACAGGUUGUGUGUGAGCAUACAGGUUGUGUGUGAGCAUGCAGGUUGUGUGUGAGCAUGCAGGUUGUGUGUGAGCAUGCAGGUUGUGUGUGAGCAUGCAGGUUGUGUGUGAGCAUGCAGGUUGUGUGUGAGCAUGAAGGUUGUGUGAGCAUGCAGGUUGUGUGUGAGCAUGCAGGUUGUGUGAGCAUGCAGGUUGUGUGAGCAUACAGGUUGUGUGUGAGCAUGCAGGUUGUGUGUGAACAUGCAGGUUGUGUGAACAUGCAGGUUGUGUGUGAGCAUACAGGUUGUGUGUGAGCAUACAGGUUGUGUGAGCAUGCAGGUUGUGUGUGAGCAUGCAGGUUGUUUGUGAGCAUGCAGGUUGUGUGUGAGCAUACAGGUUGUGUGAGCAUGCAGGUUGUGUGUGAGCAUGCAGGUUGUGUGUGAGCAUGCAGGUUGUGUGUGAACAUGCAGGUUGUGUGAACAUGCAGGUUGUGUGUGAGCAUACAGGUUGUGUGUGAGCAUACAGGUUGUGUGAGCAUGCAGGUUGUGUGUGAGCAUGCAGGUUGUUUGUGAGCAUGCAGGUUGUGUGUGAGCAUGCAGGUUGUGUGUGAGCAUACAGGUUGUGUGUGAGCAUACAGGUUGUGUGAGCAUGCAGGUUGUGUGAACAUACAGGUUGUGUGAGCAUACAGGUGUGUUCCAUGCCAGUCAGUCAGUGAGUAGUUGUGUUUGUCUCUCUCUCUCUCUCCAUCCAGGCCCCAUUCCGCCAGAGGAACCUGUGUUAAAUAGCAGUUCCAUGGAGAAGCCAUCCACUGAAACCAACCACAGAGACCCAGAACUACAGGGGACCCCAAAAGUGAUGUUUCAAGACCCUCCACCUCCUUCGCCCCAGCUACACCAGUCCCCAGCCCAGCUAACCCAGUCCCCAGCCCAGCUAACCCAGUCCCCAGCCCAGCUAACCCAGUCCCCAGCCCAGCAAACCCAGUCCCCAGCCCAGCAAACCCAGUCCCCAGCCCAGUUAACCCAGUCCCCAGCCCAGUUAACCCAGUCCCCAGCCCAGCUAACCCAGUCCCCAGCCCAGCUAACCCAGUCCCCAGCCCAGCAAACCCAGUCCCCAGCCCAGUUAACCCAGUCCCCAGCCCAGUUAACCCAGUCCCCAGCCCAGUUAACCCAGUCCCCAGGCCAGUUAACCCAGUCCCCAGCCCAGCUAACCCAGUCCCCAGCCCAGCUAACCCAGUCCCCAGCCCGGCUAACCAGGUCCUACUCCCAGUCUUCAGUCUUUCCUAGGUCCCAGAUACUGACAGAGGCCCACAACAUCAAUGCCGCUGUACUCAGCUCUGGGGUGCUCUGUCUGCCUGGUGAGUAGAGCAGCCCACAUCUCUGGAAACACACAAGCUUUUAUAUUUCAUUUCCAACAAGGCUUGUUUGAGGCGGUAAUGGGGAUUCCGUCUUGACGUGACUGGCUGUGUCACAACACUAGUAAAACACGUUUCCAUUGAUCUGAAACCACUUACUGCCGCAUACUACAUGACGUUGUCUGAAUUCAGUGAUUGUGUUUUUGAUUGAUAGACGUCUUGUUGGUGUGUUAUGUCUCAGGAACAAGAGAUAAAGGCGGUCGAGCCCUGGUGACCGUGACCACCAGGAACACCAUCUGGUUGGAUCCCAACUGUAACUCUGGAGAACUGGUCCGAAUCCUGACCUACUAUUGCACCGUACUCAGGUACUGUUACACCGUCACCGGGGUUACCGUCAGGAUAAUGUGGCGCCGGACAACGUGAACGGGAAGAUUUUAAUUUACCGGCCAUUUGAGGAAUCUACCGGCCCCCAUAUGCACCCACGGUGCUCAGAAUGACAGAAAUCACCUUUAGAUCAUUGGUCAUUCAUCUCAACAGAACAUGCAACUCCUGUAAUGAAGCAGACAGUAAAAAAUGAUUUUUUUUUCAAACAUUUGCCAAAAUGUUAAUUUUGCUGGAAAGCACCAUUCUAAACUGCGCACCUGAUGUGAGCGGUUCCAUAUGUGACAGAGAUGAAAAUCUCUGUUAGAAACUAAGGAAGAUGGGGGGGAAUCUAAAGAUGCAACAACUAGGAUGGGGUGGAUAAAAUGACUAGGAUUGUGAAUUUGGCUUCUGGACAACGAAAGAAAGUUGAUAUGAAAACCAAUAGAACAGGAGAGAAAUGCUGAUUUCAAAGGCAUAUGAGGAAGUCUUUAUAAAAUAAUUGCCUCCACGUUUCAACGGUGGGAUUUUGGCUAUUUAGUUCCCACUCAAUUAUGCAAAUGAAGCUGUAGACUGAUAAGCAUGAUGGGCAAAUGUAUUUCCACGUAUUAAUAAAAAAGCUAUAUUUUGCGAUGGGAUUCAUUUUUCUCCCGGUCAAUUUGGCCGGCAAUAAUUUUAAUUAUCGUCGUUUCAUUUUUUUUAUCGCGAAAAGCCAGAAAUUACAGGCUAACCGAAACCCUGACACACACAUAUACUCACUCACUCACUCACUCACUCACUCACACAGUCACUCACUCACUCACACAGUCACUCACUCACUCACACUAACACACACAGCAAUCAAUCCAAUCCAUCAAUUGUAAGGUACAGCAUCACACUCUGUGAGACGGCAGGUAGCUUAGUGGUUAAGGGCGUUGUGCCAGUAACCGAAGGUCGCUGGUUUCUAAUCCCCGAGGCCGGCAAUCAUUUGAAUUAUCGUCGUUUCAUUUUUUAAAUCGCGAAAAGCCAGAAAUUACAGGCUAACCGAAACCCUCACUCACACAGUCACACUAACACACACAGCAAUCAAUCCAAUCCAUCAAUUGUAAGGUACAGCAUCACACUCUGUGAGACGGCAGGUAGCUUAGUGGUUAAGGGCGUUGUGCCAGUAACCGAAAGGUCGCUGGUUCUAAUCCCCGAGCCGACUAGGUGAAAAAUCUGUCGAUGUGCCCUUGAGCAAGGCACUUAACCCUAAUUGUGGUAAGUCGCUCUGGAUAAGAGCGUCUGCUAAAAUGUAAAUGUGAGGGGUGUAGCCUACAACUCCUGAUGGGUUUUCUUUCUCCCUGGCACUAUGGUACUGAUAGCUUGAAGAGCGUUCUGUUGUGGGUCGAGUCUCUGUCUCUGAUGUCAUAUCCUGUGUGUUACAGGAAGGAGGUGCGUUCCCUAGGGUUGACAGUCCUGGUGGACUGCCGGAGGUGCUCCCCUGUCCCCGCUCUGUUCAAAGCCUUCAACCUACUACAGGUAAGACACAGUCAAACAUUAAACAGAAUUCACCCUGUGACUGGUCAUAGCGUUUUACAGAGCACAGCCCAACUGGCUGCCAAACAAACAAACAUGGUUUAAGACAUGAUGUUAACACAGCACGUCCUCCUGCUAUCAUUUACAAACAACCCUUCACCCUGAUCAGUAUCAGUAAGCUUGGAGAACAACCAGCACCAUCUCACUGGGAAGCUGGGAGAACAACCAGCAACAUCUCACUGGGAAAGCUGGGAGAACAACCAGCACCAUCUCACUGGGAAGCUGGGAGAACAACCAGCACCAUCUCACUGGGAAGCUGGGAGAACAACCAGCACCAUCUCACUGGGAAGCUGGGAGAACAACGAGCACCAUCUCACUGGGAAGCUGGGAAAACAACGAGCACCAUCUCACUGGGAAGCUGGGAGAACAACCAGCACCAUCUCACUGGGAAGCUGGGAAAACAACCAGCACCAUCUCACUGGGAUCUGGUCAGCCCUCCUAAUGUCCAGCCCGUUGAAGACAAGAUGUUCUUCUGGUGGACUGGUUCCAUGGCCUCUUUCAGAGUUAAAACCAUCUGCCUC